AUUUGCCACUCAAGCCGAGCGGUGAGUCAGCGAUGAGGCUGAGGUCACAGAGAGCGCUGCCGGAGAGCUGAAACCUGCAAUUACUGUGACAGCCUGUAUACCUGUGGGAGAGGAGGAACAGCUUGCACAACAGAACAAGAGAUAAAUAUAGAGAAGGGGGGGCGGGGGACCAGGCUGAUUGGACAGACACGGGCUAGAUCAGCAGAGCCUCUCCCUUGGCACACUAAUUUAAGAUCACACUCGCUUGCCAGGGCCCUUGGGAAGACAGGCCCCUUCUGGAAAAAAAACAUGUAAAAAAACACUCACAAUCCAGCCGGGACAAACUCUCAGUCAGUUAACCACAGGGUGCACUGGCUACAGGUGGCUAGGACCAUUCUUUUGAAAGAGAGGAAUAAGAAGAGAAUUGAAGCACUUGUUGCUAUUAAAAAUGUUCAGUGAUGUAGCUAGGUCACUGGCGUGCUUGACACAGUGCCGUGUGGCGUUAGGUAACCCCUGACGCCUUCAGCAGAAACAACACUAUCAUCUUGAGCUGGCACCUUGUCCCCCAGGCAGCUAACUCCAGCUCACUCCUCGUACAAAACCCAUUCUCUCACACGCCAUUUCCUUACAUUAGGGUUGCAUCUUCUAGUUCUGCUUCAGGUUCUUAUUAAAGCGAUCGAGAGAGACAGUGUAAACUGAGCUCAGCUCAACCUCCCUCUUUCCACCCUCCUCUCAAUUAGCAGUAAUUCAUUACCGUGUUGUCUUGUGUGAUUACAGCAGCAGCAGCAGCAGGGCGGCCCUGGGGAGGAAAUGUUUUUGAGAAGGAGCAGAGAAAGGAAGGUGAAGUUUCCAAGCCUGGGUAAACAGCCGUAGACGUACGUGUGUGUGUGUGACUAUUUCAAUGAAAAAGACAAGAGGCACUGUUUUAAUCGUCAGUGCAGAUAAGUACAAUUAAUCUGCAGCAGAUCAGUGUUAAGAGAGUAAAUCUGCUAACCUGCUAGUCUGCAGGAGCGGUGAGUGAUGAAGCUGCUGUGAAAACCAGCAGAGACCAGACAGAUCCUGAGUGCUGAAGGUCCUGCCUGCCUGAGCCGUGUUCCCGAGCCGUGUCCCUGAGCCGUGUCCCCGAGCUGUUUUCCCGAGCCGUGGGGAUGCUGAGUAUCUGGAGGCGCUCAGUGAGCGAGGUGCAGGCUCUGCAGGCUGCGGUCAGCGUGUGUAAGAAGGCCCAGGCCUCUCUGGUCAGAGUGACCGCCUGCUUCCAGCAGCUGGUGCUGAGUGUGGGGGGGAGCUCAGACUGCAGCCGACUCCGAGAGGAACUGGAGGAGACCCGGCUCAGAGCUCACCAGAUCAGCACCGGUCUGUGUUCCCGGCUGACCGCUCUGCUGACCGGUGGCCGUCUCUUCGGUGAGGAGCAGCAGGAGGUGGAGAGGCUCUGGGUCCUGUUCCUGUCCGGUCUGGAGCUGCUCCAGCUGGAGCUACGCAAGGCCUUCCACCUGCAGGCCGUGUUCCCUCUGGCCAGCCCUCGGGACAGCCGGGCGCUGGUCAACACCGGAGCGAGUGGCCGCAGCGCAGAGGUGGCUGCACAGGCAGCGAGCGUCCAGACCCCCUGGGGCGAGGCGGAGGAGAAGGGAGAGGGGGCACCCCCGAAUCUGCUCGGGCACAUCGUGCUGCUGGACUCCAUGGUCCAGGAGAUGGUGCAGAAGGUGAACGUGCCCAUAUGGACGGUGGCAGCUUCGGAGGAAGGCGAUGGGGAGAUGGAACUGGAGUUAGAGGGAGCCACUUCAGAGGAGAUGCUGACCACCGACAUGGAGCAGAAAAGGGGCUGCUUCAGGGGCUGGCUCCUCUGCUUGAUGCCCUGAAAAUACACAGAGAUACACCGGUAGAAGCAGUUGUAUUUUUAACCUAAGGAGCAAAAGCCUCUAAGCCAGGCUGCUGGAUACCAGUACCUCUUUAUUCUUAGUCUGCUAGACAAGCUUUCCUAACCAUGAAUAUAACCAGGAUGGGAAUCCAGUGAGGUGUCAGGGGCUCCGAAUUAGCCAUCAAUGUGUAUGCUUAGUUCAGACAUUGUCAGUUUAAAACAGAUGGAAUGGGUUAGAGAUAGGAUUAGAGGUUUAUGCACAACAAUUCAGUAGUGAAAAAAAAAAUUGCAUCCUGCGUCUCAACACUCCACUGCAGGCUGAGCAAAGAAAUUGCAAGGGGAAUAAAACAAAUCUGCUGCAAUAUUGUGCACUUAGUUAAUUGAGAAGUGAAGACACACCAGGAUUGACUGCUAAACCUCAUAGAGAAUGUCUAAAUGGUACUGUACACUUCCGCAAAGGCUAAAAUA